AUGGUUCAAUUCAACGGCCCAUACGGCAAAGUCUCCCCUUCGUAUCAGCGCCGGGCAGUUCGUAACCCUCCUGCACAACCUACCAAAAACUUCGCAGGGAAGACGGUCCUCGUGACUGGGUGCAAUACGGGUGUUGGGUACGAAGCGGCACUGAAAAUCGCAGGACUCAAUCCGAAGAAGUUAAUACUCGGCACGCGAACAGUCGCCAAAGGCGAGAUUACCAAAAGCAAAAUCCUGGCCCAAGUGCCGGCGCUGGAUAGCUCAGUUGUAGAUGUCAUCGCCAUCGAGUAUACCUCUUUCAAAUCAGUCAGCCAAUUUGCAGACACAGUUAAACGGUCCACGAAGUCAUUGGACUGCGUGCUUCUAAGCGCCGGUCUGGCAUCGCCGAAACAUCAGCUUGUCGAAGGGGGCUGGGAGAUGGCUUAUAAGGUCAACGUACUUUCCACGGCCCUGGUAACAGUCGAACUCCUGCCAUUGCUCAAAGCGACGCCGGGCAGUGUCUUGGAGUUUGUUGAUUCUGCGGGGUAUUGUAAUGUGAUGAGCAAAGAUGUCUCGCCAAUCCUUGAUGAUGAAUCAGCGAGCACACUGCAGUUUUUCAACGAUCCCAAACGCUGGACGCUUGAGCGAGGGUACUGCGAGCCCAAGCUUCUGCUUAUGUUUGUUCUUGAGGGGUUGGUAGAGGCUCUUGGUGGCAGACAAGGGAAGUUGGGGAGCCCCGAAGACCCGAUUCUGUUGGCAUGUUGUCCAGGGCAAUGUAAGACGGACCUGGGUAGGAACUUUCCGUUAAGUAUGCGGUUGUUUAUGGUGGUGUAUAAUGCUAUCCAUGCGAGAUCGGCCGAGGAAGGGAGUAGGACAUUAGUGACUGGGUUAUUUCAGGGCGAGGAGGCCAAUGGGCGGUUGUGGGUAAAUGAUCAGUUUGAUGACCUUUCCCCAGGGUUAACUGAAGCAGAGUGGAAAGGUUUGCAGAAGCGGGUGUGGAGGGAAGUAUGGGGUGUUUUGAAAGAGUACAAUCCGGAAUUGUCGAUUUGA